CGAGGCUACCAGUCGCCAUCCCCUACGAGGCCGUUCCUCUUGAGUCACUGACCACCGCCGCAGACGAGGCGAAGAAUAGCUCCCCGGAUUGAAGGCUCUCCCCCCAAAUUGAAGGCUCUCUCCCGGCCUCCCCCAAGAAAUGGAGGACGUUGAAGGCUCUUCAGCUGGUUCGUCCUCGCACCAGCACGGCGAUUGCGCUUCAGCUGGUUCGUCCUCGCACCAGCACCGCGCGAGCUCGACGGCGACGGCACCAAUCCGCUCCCCCUCGCCUGCAACAGAGGGACCAGCACGGCGAUUAUCGCACCAGCACGGCGAUAGACGAUAUCCUCGCUGGACCGGUGCCCGGCUCAGAUAUUCGCGGUCUUUACCGGGUCGAUUGUCAGGCGGUGCCCAGCUCAGAUCUUCGCGGUCUUUACCGGGUCGAUUGUCAGAGAUCAUGGCACCGCUACAAUGGCCUGAGCCCAUGAUGGACUAUUUUGUGGAUGAGUGUUUCAAGAUGGUUCAGGGUGGUAGAACGCCAGCGAAUGAAACUUUUUUUCGGACACUUGACCGCUCCAUGGCCAGUAAAUCCUUUGGUACUACCUUCAGUCAAAUGGAUCUGACUAAGCAGUUUGAACGAGUAAAAUCUUUAUGGAAUAGUUACCAUACGAUUCUGAAGAAUUUGGAAAUAACAAAGGCAAACGAACGACGAAGCCAGACUUAUCCUGAAAAAUUGCAUCUUAAAACUGGUGAUAUUUAUGCUAGGAAAUUCACCCUUAUUAGGAAAUAUGAAAUAAAGCUCAACACGAUCUUUGAAAGUUAUUAUGAUAGCAAGGCAAAAUCACUUAGUACGUACAGGUUCAAUAUUGAACACAGUGAUCGAUACAGUGGGGACAGUAAUAGUUCAAGUAAAAGGCGUAGCCUUGGUGAGCCCUUCUCACGCCAGAUUCGGCUGAAGAGCUCAGACAUGCCUGAGUCAUCACAAAAUGGCAGCGCCUCUGAAAUCUCUGAAAUACAAGACUAUGACAAAGCAAUGGGCGAACUUAUCAAUAAAGUUGAUGAUGGAACUUAUGUCAUAGCUGGUCAAUGCCUUCGAGACCCUAAAAUUCUGCAAUCAUACUCACAUAUUCCAACCAUUGAAAGAAAGAUCAGUUUCUUGCACGGAACCUGGAGGGUGAUGCAUGAACCCAAGUGUGUCUUAGAGAAUUUGCAACCAGCCGAUCAGCUAUUUGUGAGGAGCCCAAACUCCUGAGCUCCCGCCUGCUGUCUGACAGAAGGAGAUGCGAGUUCUUCAAGUGGUAUGAUGAUAAAGCUUUUCCUCAAUAUAUCACCAACUUGCUGGGGGACUUGCGAGACAAGGUCAACUUUGGAGGACUACUUGAACCGGUGUUCAAGCAGGACUACUUGAACCGGUGUUCAUGCAGGACUACUUGAACCAGUGCUACCUUGCUUAUUGUUCUGUAGACCAUUUUUAUUGUAAUAUGUACUUCAGAACUUUGUUUACGGUUUGGGAAGUGACCAUGUUCUGAGUUUAUUUGGUCACUGUAAUGCCUGCGCAAAAUAUUACUUCUUAAAAUGCCAGGUUUAGUUAUGACUUUGUAAUGUCUGUGGUGUGCUUCGUAUGCCAUGUCCCUGCAGUAGUAAUUUGUCUGCCUCGUUCUUCUUA